AUGCCGGGAGGUAUCCAUCCUCCUCUCGAGGUCAUACUGUCGUGGCCGACGCCGAACUAUGACCACCCCGUCGCAAAACCAAGGGCCAUAACGAUCAUUGCAUGCAUAUUUGGGCCUCUUACGCUUUUUCUACUUCUCGCCAGGCUGUGGGUCAGGCUACGUAUCCAGCACAAAGCCGGAUGGGAUGACUGGUUGAUGGUGGCAGCGAUUGUACCUAUCAUAGCCGUCACCGUCCUGCUAGCUCUUAUCACCGACGUAUACCAUUUCAACAAACACGUAUGGGACGUGCAACCGCAGUUCUACAUCACUCAACGCAAAUAUAUUAUGGCUAUAGAUUCCAUCUUCUGCCUAGCAUCCGGCCUCAUCAAGAUCUCCAUUCUGCUCUUCUACAGGCGUCUGUCCUCGCGCGCGAUCUCCAAGAAUUUCCGACGGGCGACCAGAGUUACCGUCGGCUUCAUCGCGGCAUACACAAUUGCUUUCAUGAUUGUACCUAUCUUCGGCUGCAACCCGAUAUCCGCAUUCUGGAACCAGCUAGACUUCGUUCUGGUGGUCAAAGGAUACAGCUACAAAUGUUUCAAUGAAGGCGCCGAUGUCUUCGCUGCUGGCGUCAUCUCUACGACGCAGGACUUCCUCACGGCGAUGCUGCCCACAUUCUUGUACUGGAACCUGAAGAUUCCGAUUCGUCAAAAGAUAGCCCUCUUUGGGAUCUUCGCUAUCGGAUAUGGCGCGGUCGCAUUCGGUGCCCUACGGUCUUACUACAGCUGGCAGGUCUACUUCGAGACCUACGAUGUCACUUGGGUCGGAUGGUAUAUCUGUUUGUGGUCUCUUCUAGAGCUGCACAUUGGUGCCAUGUGCGCGAAUGCUCCUGCACUCAAGGUCUUCUUCAAGCAUUUCCUAAGGCUGGAGAGGUUCAGCACGAGUUCAAAAUCGGGCUCCAACGGUUCGAAAUCGAAGAACGGCAGCGCGGCAGCUUUCAGCUCGUUCCGGUCCGCAUCUGCGUUCGAGAAAUUGGCUUUCUGGAAAACAAGCCAUUCGCACAGCAACGACGGCUACCUUUCCGAACCGCACACCGAUAUUUCAGUCGACCAGCACGGCGGCGUCCAAGUGCAAAAGGAGGUAUACAUCUCGCGCGCGCCUAUCUCGGAGCACAAUUCGAUAGAUAUGCUGGGUACUCACGUCGAUGACAUCGAAAUGGGGAGCUUCGAUGCAGGCAGCCAUUCGGGAAGGUCGACCUUGAUCAGCCAGGAGGACGUGGAGGCGCUGCCACGAGUCCCG